AUGGCACAGGCGGCAGAACAGCAGGCUUCGGCGGCGGGCAAGGUAUCGUCGCCAAAAAGUUCAAAGAUGCACAGAAGGUCAAGAUCUGGUUGCUUUACUUGUCGUCUGCGGCGCAAGAAGUGUUCCGAGGAGAAGCCUAGGUGUCGAGCAUGCCGAAACCUUGGACUCGACUGUGAAUACAAGAGACCGGCUUGGUGGAGUAAUAACGAAACUAGGAGGAAGCAGAAAGACCUGAUCAAGUCGCUCAUUAAGCGUACGAAGACAACUGAGAAGGCCGCUUCACAAGAGUCUGGGAAAGUACAACCACAUGCGAGACAUAGUAUGCCACCACCAGACUGGAAUCCAGCAAAGAGAGCGGACUCGGAGGAAUCUGACGACUUCGACGAUGGUAUCAUGGAUCCCUCCUUUCCAAGCACUCCUGGGUACUACGAUCCGCAUGCACAACAGUACUACGCUGCCUCAUUUGCUCAUCCAGAACUCUAUGGUCAAGGCUUCACCUACGAAGUUGACGUGAAGACAGAGAGGCAGAUGUUUGUCAACGAUAUCCCAACACGUAGGGACUCAUCGAUAUCGACGUUUAGCACUUUCAUACCACCACCUCCACCUCAUUCAGUGCUGCCCUCUUACACCGGAGACGACCUUCUACAAACAGCUCAUUUCGAAACGCCCACUGACUGGCACGGCGAGGAGGGACUCGACUUCAACUUUUUCGAUUUCUCACAUGGGUCGCAUCUACCUCAGGCUACUCAAACAGCACAAAUAGAAGUAGACGAAUGCGAUCAGCCUCUACUCAACCACCUCAUCGAGAACAUCCUACCCAUGGUGUUCCCCAUCCUCGAGGCCAACCAGCAUGGAUCUGUCAAAUCAGAGGUAAUACUACCAGCACUUGAAACAAACAAAGCAUACCUACAUUGUUGCCUCAGUGCUGCUGCUAUCCAUAUGAAGUCGAUUGGGCUCAAUGCUGUCGACAACGUGGACGGUGACAUUCUCAGGCACAAGUUCGCAUUUGUGCAGGAAGUUGUUGGCAACCUAGGUGCGGAUUCGAACCAUCAGCAAGUGCUCGAAGCGACUUUGGGUAUGAUUUCACUGCAAUGUAUUACUGGCCACGCAGAAGAUCUGGAAAGAGAUAUUCCCUGGCACCAACAUUUUCAGGCUGCAGUUGAGCUUGUACGGAAGCUCGAAUUGCCACAAAUAUUGGAACAACUGCCACCUCAGCCUCACGACUGCCGCCCUCCGUUCAACAUGACAUUGACCGCAUGGAUCGAUAUCCUCGGAGCAACGAUGAUGGGACGUGCUCCCGUCUUCGCCGACACUUAUCGAAACAGACAUCUCGCAGCAGGCAGCACGGGACUAGCUGAGCUUAUGGGAUGCCAAGACAAUGUUAUGUAUCUACUCUCUGAAGUUGCAUGUCUAGAUGCACUGAGGUUGGAGAAGAGGUUGGACGACAUCGGUGUCUGCUCUCACGUGCAAUCUCUGGGCCAACAGCUGGAUGCCACUGAAAUGUCAAACGAACUAAUUCAGCAGCCAUACUCAAGCUCUGGUGCCAUCAGACCACGCCAGUUAUCGCGCAACAUCACGGCGAUCUUCCGAAAGGCACUACGGUUGUAUCUAUGUUCCUUGGUUCCAGGAUUUGAUCGAUUCGGGAAUGCUGCUGUCAAUCUGGUACAAUCAAUCACGGAUAUGCUGCAAUUUAUUCCCUCUGGACCGGAUGGAUACGAUAGGUCACUGGUCUGGCCUCUACUCAUUGCCGGCUCGAACUCGACUCCAGCUUCAGCAUUCCGCAGGAUCUUCUCUGAACGCACAGAGAUGUUAGGUGUGGCAGGCAAGACUGGUAAUCUGGGUCGUCUCAGUCGACUGUUGAAUGAGCUGUGGAGGAGAAACGACGAAAUUGUGUUGUCCGCUACUGUUUGUGAGGCCACACCUAUUACGGCUGGAGCUACAAGUCCCUUGGCCCUCGGCAACGUCAAUCAUUCGCCACUACCAUCAGCGAAUGCAAACGUGGCCCACGGUGCUAAUUUGCAACAUCGACUGCAGGAAGUUCAUUGGCGUGAUGUCAUGCGUGAGCACUGCUGGGACUUCCUAUUGAUUUAG